AUGCAGAUGAGUGGGAAGCUUGCAGCGGCCGGCAGAUCCGGAAAGAUGGGCACACGAGAGUUUGUCCAGGAGAACUUUGGCGUUCUCCCUGAUGUGUCGAAACCCGAGCUUUGGGGCGUGGUCUUGGACGGACCGUCGGGCGGAAUGCCCCAGGGGACGAUGCCGAAGCUCAAAAUCGGCAUCCAGUUUUUCUCAAAGACAGCCGCAGUCCUUUUCCCGGAGUAUGCAAAGACGGAGGCGUUCAUCGAGAAGUUUACCAGGACUAUGAUGACCUUCGUGGCCUACACCAAGGAGAUCGAUUACUGGAAGCACCUGGAUGCCGACUAUAUUGCCCUGACGCACGCCGCUAGAGCUGUAGACAAUGCCUACUUCUGGCGAGACGAUCAGGGCCAAUUGGACUGCGGAGUGCUGGACUGGGGCGGAUUCGGUGCGGCGUGUGUGGGACACAAGAUCUACUGGUACAUCAACUGUGCUGAGUGGGAGAACAACAAACAGAAUCUCCGCUUUUAUCUGGAAACCUUCGCGAAGACCUAUCACGAGGAGGGCGGUCCUCUUCUUGACUUGGACAAGCUAGAGAUGAUGGUGAAACUCACCGGACUGGGCAAUCUGAUGAAUAUGGUUGCUGCUGUUCCAGACUGCCUUCGACAGCUUCCCGAGAAGGACUGGGCCAGCGUCAAGGACCGUUUUGACGACAAGAUCACGCAAAACCUGCAUGGGAAGAGCACUUUGCGGACAACUCUACGAGCCAUGGAUAACGGUCUCCGCAUCAUCGAAGAGCUCGAGGUCGACAAGCUGCUGGAGCAAUGGGUGGAUGAGAUCUGGGUUG